CAAAUACGCAGCGGCGGAGGAGGCCGAUGUGGGCCGCCGGUCAAAGGAGGGAUAUAACACUGGCGCUUGGGGGCAGUUCCUCAUCUGUGGUUUUCGGCAAAAGGAAAGGUCUUGCAAGCAGAAAUCCCCCAAAGACGAGGGCGGAAGUUUUCGGCAGAAGGCAAGCAGGGACUUCGGGUUUACGCCGAUCCCAUAACCGGGCCAAAGGAAGCCAAAGCCAGCCAGCUGCUGCUCCAAGAGGACUGAAAUGCACAGGAUUGUUUUCCAACUGAGAAGCGGCGCCGAGUAACACACCGGAGAGGUUUGCAGUCUCAUUUUGGAUCCUUGGAGAAAAGGUGCUGAAGGGGAUGAUGGAGUGACCUCUUGACCGCUGGCCAGCCAUGGCGGCUGGGUCCUCCUUGCCCAUGGCGGAGUGGCUCCGAGCCCUCCAUUUGGAGCAGUAUGUGGACAACUUCGAGAGGAGCGACUUGCGAUGCGUUUCGGAUUGCCAGCGCCUGACGGACGAGGACUUGACUCAGUUGGGGAUCUUGCUGCCUGGUCACCGCAAGCGCAUCCUCUCCGGCCUCCUCAAGGCCUUCGCGGAGUCUCUGCCCUCUUUGGAAGGACCCCAGCUGCCCCCCAGGAGGCCCGUGCCCAUGAAGCGCAACAUCUUCCGCGGCUCUUGCGUCCCUGCGCCCAGCUCAUCCAAGGCGACCUCUCCUUCCUGCCCGGACCCCCCUCCAAUCCCUCCGAGGACCACCUGCCACCCGCCGGUCAAGUUCUCCUCCCCACCAGCCCUCUCUGAAUCCCCUCCUUCCGUGCCGUCCUUCGAGUCGGGAGCUCUGAUGGACUUCUCGGCCCCUUUGGCCACUCCGCCGGAUACGGGAAUGGUCACCCCUGUGGUCACCGUGUUUCCGGACCCAGCGGGCAAAGCUAUCGUCUUACCACCUUUGCCAGCCAAGAGGCACCACUUGGAGGGAAAGGCUCCUCCGCUGCCCAGUAGGCCCCCAACGCUGCCCCCAAGAGCCGGGCAGCAGAAGGCAACCGGCGGGUAA